CCGCCGCCGCCGCUGCCGGCGGAGGAGGAGGAGGAGGAAGGUGGCCAGGCCUGGGCCCCCCGAGCCAUGGAGAUAGAGAAGGAGUUCCGGCAGCUCGACCAGGCCGAUAGCUGGGCCGCCAUCUACCAGGAAAUAACUUGGAUAUGAAGAGUAGAGGCAGGAAAGCUGUGGGCUGUGCAACCUGCAAGACUCUCUGGUUACAGACCGUGGGCUCUGAGAAUCCCAAGUAGCAACUCUUCUGUAACUUCCUAAGCCUUGUGGGUGCAGAGGUAGUUCUGAAUAUAUGAUGGACAUAAGACAUGAAGCCAGUGACUUUCCAUGCAAAGUGGCCAAACUUUCCAAAAACAAAAAUCGGAACAGGUACAGAGAUGUCAGCCCCUUUGACCACAGUCGAAUUAAGCUGCAGGAAAGUGAUAAUGAUUAUAUCAAUGCUAGUUUGAUACAAGUGGAAGAGGCACACAGGAGCUACAUCCUCACACAGGGUCCUCUGCCAAAUACUUGUGGUCACUUCUGGGAGAUGGUUUGGGAACAGAAAAGCCAAGGGGUUGUCAUGCUCAACAGAGUGAUGGAAAAGGGAUCAAUAAAAUGUGCACAAUACUGGCCACAAAAAGAAGAGAAAGAAAUGCUCUUUGAGGAUACAAACUUGCAGUUAACUUUGAUAUCGGAAGAUAUAAAAUCCUAUUAUACGAUACGACAUUUAGAAUUGCAAAACCUGUCAUCACAGGAAACUCGAUGCAUUCUGCACUUUCACUACACAACGUGGCCCGACUUUGGAGUCCCCGAGUCUCCAGCUUCAUUUCUCAAUUUUUUGUUCAAAGUGAGAGAAACAGGAUCACUAAACCCUGAACAUGGACCCAUUGUUGUGCAUUGCAGUGCAGGAAUCGGGAGAUCAGGGACAUUCUGUUUGGUGGAUACUUGCCUCCUUUUGAUGGAUAAAAGGAAAGACCCUUCUUCUGUCAAUAUUAAGCAGGUUCUUCUAGAAAUGAGAAAGUACAGAAUGGGGCUCAUACAGACAGCAGACCAACUUCGUUUCUCUUAUUUGGCUGUUAUAGAGGGAGCAAAAUUUAUUAUGGGAGACUCUUCUGUGCAGGAGCAAUGGAAAGAACAGUCCAAUGAAGACUUGGACCCACCACCGGAACAUACUCCACCACCGAGACCACCCAAACGAACCAUAGAAAUGAAUAAUGGGAGGGUGCAUGAACACGUGGAAUUAUUUCCAGAUCCUCUGGGGGUUGAGGAGAUGAUCAAGUGCACAGUCAGCACUGUGGAAGAGAAGGUGCCUGAUGGCAGAGAUUGCCCAUCUGAGCAACUAGACACGGAAAGCACUAAUCAAGAUACUGAGCUUAGGAAGAGAACUGUUGACACUUCACCACACAGUGAAGAGUUGCCGAAGCCAGAAGAAGAGGAUGACGAGAACAUGAUGACAACUUGGAAACCGUUCCUGGUCAACAUCUGCAUGUUUACUGUCCUCACAGCAGGAGCAUACCUCUGUUACAGGGUAUGUUUUCAUUGAUGGACAUGCCAGCGAUGGUACUGAAAACGCCAGUAACUUGACCGGUGUUUAACCUGUUUCUAUAAAAGCUAGAGGGGGCAUCCAAGCCUUGCUCCAGUGGAAGUAUAUCUUUAAGUUUGAGAAGCUGGAACUUUGGUUAGGGCUUAAAGAGAUAAUUGAUGCACUAGGGUUUAAUUUUAGCCCUAUGGUCCCAAGAAUAAAAUAUUCUAAUCUCAGGGCCUUAAGAUAUUCAGGAGUAAGCAGAGAAUAUGCCAAAUAAGUCUUGUGUUUUGUUUUUGUUUUUCAUUAUUUUUCCUUUUUUUUUUUAAUGGAAUAAUAAGAGUUUACAACACAUUGUUGUUUUUUUUAGUCUCUUAAAGCUGGUUUUUGUUCAGUGUUUUUUCAGAAAAAGAAACUAGGCACAAGUGAAAGUUGCUUGUAUUCUCCAAGUGUUUGUAACCAAAUACAUAAUUGGAUACUUAACAAUAACAAAACCACUACACACCCAUACCCACCCACAUAUACACACACCCCUGACGAAUGUACACCUUUUUGAAAGGGAAGAGCUCUUUCCCACCUGCCUUCUAAAGACUGAGGGUUCAGUCUCUAAAGAACCACUUCUGUGCCACCUCUAUUAAAUCAGUGGCUGCUGCUCAGAAGCCCCAGUGAAUGAAUAGAGAUUGUAUAGUAGCCCCCACCGCACACCCCAGUUGGAUGGCACCCUGAGGUUUUUUUGGGUUUCUUUUGGUCAGGUUUUUUGGCAGUGUAGAUUAUAUGGAUCUGCCUUCCCUUGAGUUAACCAUUCUCAAAUAGAUUCUUGGUUUCUUUAUGUCUGUUAUAACGGACAUCUGCUAUUGCUCAGGGCAUCCCAUCAGGCCAAAUUCUACUACUGUUUUCUCCUUCCUUUUUGGAUAAAAUGAAUUGUAUUCCACCACCACCACCACCUGUUGCAAAUCUUCUGUUGUACUCUCCUUGCACACAUAUGCCUAUUGCAUUGUACCAUCUCUUCUUAAAAGUUGUUCUUCUAUAUAGCCUUGGUGAUAGGGGAAGGGAAAUGCCACCAACACAUGUCCACCAGCAUUUACCAAUUGCUUCAAAGUGUUAGUUUUUAAAAGGACCCUUUUAAAGCCUGAUUAUUUGGAAUGUAAAAUGCAGUUUCACUCUAGACUUGCCACAUGAAGAAUGUGCUUUGUGUUCAGAUUAGAAUUAGUUUUUAAAACCUAUGUUAUAAUAGCUCCUCUGUAUCACAGAGCAUCAUUAGGGAUGUUUCUCAUUAAGUCUCCAGUAGCGAAUGUUGGGAGCAACUUUCUUUUAAAGAGAAGGUCAACAGAAGUGGCAAUAAGAGCCACCAUUAAAUGACUAGAAACUAGUCAAGAUGCAAGCCGCUGCGUUUGUGGUUUUUAGUUUUGUUGACUUUUUGUUUGCGGGAGAGGGGGGUGGAAUUCAAGAUUGGCUUUUGUUUGGUUUAAGAUCAUGCUGUUCAGUAGCCGGUCUUAGGUGUCUGAGUCUUCAGUUGCUUUAGAAAAGGGCCUGCUACCCUAAUUCAGAACAGAUUCAUGGUCCCUUCCCAGUUGUAAGUGGUUCCAUCGGAUGAUGAUUUGAGGUUUUUUGUUUUUGGCACAGCCUAGCUUAAGUGACCAUUGCUGCUAAGAAGGUAGAAAUUUGAUCAAUCAUGAUUUGUUUUAUUUUGCUAGAUAGACCAUUUGACUUGAGUAGUAAGGCUGACUUUGUCAACCCCUUUUUUUGUGAGCACCCCAAAUAAAAAUAGAAAUUCUUUACCUACAGAGCAGAGAUAAAUACAUUCAUUAAGUUUGUAGUUAUUAAAAGUAAAACCAUGACAGCUGAUCUACAGUGAGACUAAUCAGUGCUUUGAAAAUUCUUCAUUCUAGUUUUAUAUAGCACUUAACUACCAUCUUCCCUUUUAAAAAAUAUAUUACGUAAUAGACUUUUCACUCCAUAUUUAUUUCUAUUCUUCACUCUUGCAAAUUUUUGCUCUCCCCCACUUUUCCCCAAGAACCAAUGAGGUGUUAAUUAAGAGUCUUGGUAAUAAAAGUUAAGCUUGCAUAAAGGGCUUUCAAAAAGUACAAUAACAAAAAUCCUCAGGUAGUACUGGGAAUCUUACAAAAAAGUUACCUGUGAGACUGAUCAGAGAAGAAUUUGGAAGAAGGAAUAUUGUUAAGCAGUCAAUAUUUAGUAAUAAUAUUGGAAACAUGAAAAAUACUGAUAUGAGUAUAGAAAAUGGUAUAAUAUAUAAUGGCUCAUCUGUGUAUUUUAUGAUAUGGUAUGUGAUUGCUUUGUCCCCAUCACACUCAUUCAAUAUGAUAUUGUUCAGAAGCAACAUUUGUACCCCAUUUUUAUUCAAAUGCAUGUAUAAGGUCUCCUAAAAGUGUCCGGAUCAAAAACCAUGCACUUGAAAGGUGAAACAAACUUAUAUUUCUGCUUACUGAUGUGCCCAGAUUAUACUUGCAUGAUCUGAUCAUUUAAAUGGCUGUGGUUCCAAGGGUGUCGCUGAAGUGUCUUCAUUCAGCCAAUAGAUUGGUAGAGGUGUGUGUGUGUGUGUGUGUGUGUUUUCUCUUUAAAAAAACAAAAAAAACAGGUAACCUGUACCUUGCCUAAUAUUUGGCAUGACUUUCUAUUCAGAUUUAUACAUAUGCCAUGUAACCCAGUUGUGUAUCACUCAUUUCAGCUGAGUAAGUAUAGUACAAACAUUCCAGAGUGUGUACAAAGUCAUAUUCACACCUCACGUGCGCGCACACACAAACUCACACAGGAGUUUUCUGCAGCAAAUAGCUGAAACCUAAGUUUCCCUGAUAACAUUGAGCUGGCUUGCCAAAACACCCAGAAAGCCAUGUUCUGCAAAGGUCAGUAGAACCAAAGUCUGUGCUUUGUUUCAUAUAGGGAUUUUUUUAAAAAAUCAAAGCUCUUGAAAAUAAGUGAUAAAUGAACCAUAAUCUUCCUCAUAGAGGAAAAUGGUUGAAUUCAGAAUGUGUCUCCUUAGAAUCCACAGUGACUUGAUUGUACUAUCCUUGCAACCCUUCAGCCAGGAAGAAGUAAAGAUCUCUCUCGCUAUCCAGAGAGGGGCAGGGGAAAUCAGCUCCAGCUACCAUGUCCCCUUAGACCAGCCAGUGUAACUAUUUGCCUUUUACCUAUUUGAACUUGAGAGAGACUUGUACUGUAGUGAAAACAUACAGUAGAAUGCCCUAGUAAAGCCCAGUGAGGUGUGUGUAAGGCUUAUAAUGCUGAACUGUAAGCAUUUUGUUUUGAUGUCCAGUAUAUGUAUGUAGUAGUUUGGGUGUGUAUAUACAGUAGCAUUUCAAAGUGGAUGUAUUGGUUAACCUAUUCUUGGCGGGGGGGCGGGGAAUGGAAAAAAAAUAUCCAUGUUUAAACUUGUUAGGAAGUUAGUGAGCUGCUCUGCUAUAUGCCUUAAGCAAAUAUUUACUCAUCAGGUCUUUCUUUUUUACAGAUUGCCAUAGAGAACUUUUUUAAAAAAAAUAAAAUUUAAAAAACAAGCUAAAUGUUUUGGUAUAAUACAUUUUCAGGUAUAUUGUCUUUUGUGUAAGACGCUGCAAUGACUUCACAGUUUCAGUAAAACUGUACAGUUUUUCAACUUCUCAUGCAGAAUUUCAGUUUUCAUUUUAGCUGCAACAAUAAACUUCUUUUGUAAAGAA